CGCAUAGCCUUCAGCCUGGGACAUUUAAGGAGCAGCAUGCAUGGUGCAGACUGCAGCUGCUGGACACAGGUGGACCUUGAGAGGUUCCAGAAGCUGCCCUGAGAGGAGCAGCAGCAGCACCACCAUACCUUCUGGGCACAAUGCUUCUCGCCACAUUCAAACUGUGUGCUGGCAGCUCCUACAGACAUAUGCGCAACAUGAAGGGGCUGAGGCACCAGGCAGUGCUGGCCAUUGGCCAGGAGCUGAACCGCAGAGUUCGGGGAGAUCCAGCCCCGGGUGUAUGGAUUAAUCAGGUCCGGCGCCAGAGCUCAUUGCUGGGUUCUCUGCUGGAGGAGCCUCUCUACAGUGAUCAGGAGCUGGCCUACAUCCAGCAGGGGGAGGAGGCCAUGCAGAAGGCCCUGGGCAUCCUCAGCAACCAGGAGGGCUGGAAGAAGGAGAGCCAGCAGGCAAAUGGAGACAAAGUGCUGAGCAAGGUGGUCCCAGAUGUGGGCAAGGUGUUCCGGCUGGAGGUGGUGGUAGACCAGCCCAUGGACAGGCUUUACGAAGAACUUGUGGAUCGCAUGGAGGCGAUGGGGGAGUGGAACCCAAAUGUCAAGGAGCUUAAGAUCCUACAGAAGAUUGGAAAAGACACUGUCAUUACCCACGAGUUGGCCGCAGAAGCAGCGGGAAACCUGGUGGGGCCUCGAGACUUCGUGAGCGUGCGCUGCGCUAAGCGCAGAGGCUCCACUUGCGUGCUGGCGGGUGUGGCCACACACUUCGGGGACAUGCCUGAGCAGAAAGGUGUCAUCAGAGCUGAGCAGCGCCCCACCUGCAUGGUCCUCCAUCCGCUGGCAGGGAACCCUGCAAAGACCAAGCUCACCUGGCUGCUCAGCAUCGACCUCAAGGGUUGGCUGCCAAAGACUAUCAUCAACCAGGUCUUAUCACAGACCCAGAUGGAUUUUGCCAACCACCUGCGCAAGCGCCUGGAGUCCAGCCCCACUGCUGAAGCCCGAUGUUAGCCAGCAGCCUGCAGCUCCCAAUUGCCUGCACCUGGGACGCCCCUGCCAGAAGCCUGCAAGUCUAAGAGCUUCACCUGCAGCUGGGAGGGUUGGGGAGUCUAGGGUGUGAUAAGGCCUGCACUAUUCACAGUGUUAGCACCAAGAUAAUAGCAGGCAUGCUCUCUCUCAGACAGACAGACCUCUCACUUGGUCCAUGAGUAGCUAGCUCUGAAUGUAGGCUAAGCUCCCAAGACACUGGUUACAAAUUCUUCUGGGCUCUUAAAUGCCCAACUAAAACCAUCUUUCGAAUGCUAGUGUCUGUACUAAAGCCACUAAAGCGGGUGCUAAAGGCAAAAACUGGACUCAGGAAUUCCUCUCCCUGCAGGCAAGGUACGGACAGUGCAGGCUCUUACCAGGGGCUCCUGCUCCUGCACUGAGGAUUAGGUUGGUCUCAUUACUCAUUCCACAACACUAGUCAGAAUAGAGCCAUAACUAACAUGAGACCUUCAGUCUCUACUUGUUUUAGUUAUUAAAGAAAAUAUAGUCUAAUAAGAGUAUAAUCUCAUCCUAGAAGGGUCCUAGACAAAUAUUUAAACUAAAUCUCAUUAAAAGGAAAGAAAUAUUGCAGAUUCAUAUCAAUUAUUUAGAAUGUUACCAAAAUCUUUCAUAAAAAAGUAAUUUUCAUAAGCACACACCUAAAUCAGUAAGACACUUUGUAUCUGAGCUGAUUUGUGGGCUCCUUGAAGAUGAUUGUAACUGCAGCUGAUCUACUUAAAAGGAUAGUAUCAAAUGGGAUAAUAAACACCACUAAGAUAAAGUUAACGUGUUUAGGAUGAUGCCAAAUAGUACAAUACUAAAAGAAUUUCAUAGCUGUCAAUUUGGCUCAGAGCAGCCAACUUCUCUGCUUGCAAGGUUAAAAUUGUAGCAUUUUGGGAGAGGCAGCCGCUGGAAGAGGGAUAGUAAGCUAGUAGCUGGUUUCCCUUUCCAUUAUACAGAAAAGCUAUGCUUUAAAAGCAGAAUUGGAGCCAGGUGGGAUGGUGCACACUGUAACCCCAGCACUCAGGAGGCUAAGGCAGGAAAACUGAGUUUUCCAGGGCAGCCUUGGCUACACAGUGAAUCUACGGCCAGUGCAGACACACAGCAACAGUCUCAAACCACAGACAGACAGACAGACACACACACACAUACACAAGAAAGUUCUCCACUAAAUUUAAGUAGGAUAAAGAAAUUACUUGCACCUGGAGCUUUUCCAGUCUAGUUUUAAUAGCUCUGAGGACUUAUACCGUUUGGAAAUAGGGUCCUAGCUUAUUUAUUAAACAACACAACACUAGUGGACAUCCUGGUAUUUAUUGCGAUAUUAAAACUUAACAGCUGAAAAAAAUAUUUAUUGUAAUUUAUUCUGAUGACUUUACUUAGUCUGUUUUUAGCUUAGGGGAAAUCCCUGUUUAUGUCGGCGCUCCUGACUGAGGGGCAGUGGUGGAGACGCAUUUUCACAGCGCUCACGGCCCACUCCUUGCCGAGGAUUGCUUGCUUACAGGCUGGCACAGCAACAUGAGUGCUGGUUCAGAAGAACAGCUGGGAGAGGAGUGUGGUUUCAGCAGACACUAGUUUUAGGCUGGGUUGUAAUGGUUCUUCAAACUAUGUAACUGUGUCCUUCUGAUGUGUAGGAGAUAUUUUUCCUACUUGUUUAAUUUUACAUUUGAAUAAAAUAAGCUGUUCCUGAUAA